AUGUCGCCCGAAAGUCAAUCUUUGCUGUCAAAGCUUGCUGUCGAAAGUGGCUUCACCGUCAUAGUUCAGUCUUGCCGCGACACCAAGGUGCUCUGCCUGCAGCGCUUCGUACGACUGUUUGCUUAUGGCGCAUCUUUUUUGAUCCUCGUACACUUUCUUUCCAGCCUUGGAUUCUCGGAUGAGAAAAUUGGCUUGUUCAUGACGUUGACUCUUCUCGGAGAUGUCGUCAUCAGUUUCCUUCUUACCACCAUUACCGAUCAAGUCGGCAGGCGGAAGGUUUUGGCUGCAGGGGCUGCCUUGAUGGUUAUGAGCGGCAUGGUCUUUGCAUAUUUCGGCAACUACUGGGUUCUCGUUGCUGCCAGUAUUGUUGGUGUCAUCAGCCCCAGCGGGAACGAGAUCGGACCGUUUCGUGCGGUUGAAGAGUCCGUCCUUGCCCAACUCACUGAGAGAGAGCACCGCAGCGACAUCUUCGCAUGGUAUACACUCUUUGGUACUGCGGGUGCUGCUUUGGGGACGCUCACUUGCGGCUGGGCUGUUCAGGCUCUCGAGGAUAACGACUCCUGGACCACAAACGAGGCAUACCGAGUUGUCUUUCUCAUUUAUGCCGGCCUAGGCCUGAUCAAGUUGAUGCUGAUUUUCGGUCUCACUUCCGCUGUGGAAAUAAAUGCACCAAAAACCGACAACGACGAAACGCGGGGUCUGUUGUCUACAAACUCGAGCCACGAUGAGAACGUGACUAGUCAAGAGGUUAUGCCGCCGACGUUUUCCCAGCGUGUGCGGUCUCUCUUUCCAUACAUCUCUCCGCUGUCUCGAUCAAUCCUGUUCCGACUUCUCAUACUAUUCUGCCUCGACUCCUUUGCUUCUGGAAUGGCAUCGCCUUCUUGGCUUACCUACUUUUUUACCACGAUUCACUCGCUCCAGCCGGGAUCAUUGGGUACGCUGUUUUUGGUGACGAAUCUUCUCGCGACCGUUUCCAAUCUAGUUGCCCUACCCCUUGCGCGCCGGUUGGGUCCCCUGAAGACGAUGGUCUUCACUCAUCUGCCAUCGGCCGUCUUCCUGUCCCUGAUACCUCUUCCUGGGCCGGGACCAACAGGGACCUGGAUCGCCAUGGCUUUCUUGGCCCUGAGAGCUUGUACACAGAGCAUGGACCAGGCUCCAAGACAAGCCUUUUUAUCUGCUGCCGUACUCCCGAACGAAAGAACCGCAGUCUUGGGUGUGGUCAACAUUGUCAAGACGUUGGCACAGGCUGGUGGCAUUGGUGCAGUCGGCAUAUUAUCUGGCAAGAACCUUUGGAUUGUGGUUCUAACUGGAGCUGGUGCCAUGAAGGCAUGCUACGACCUUUUAAUGCUUGGAAUGUUCUUGGGUCUCAGGGAUCGGGAAGACGGCAGCGGAAAAUCUAGCUCGCGCGACGAAGAAGACGCUUAA